AUGGAGCCUACCCUCAGUGCUGACUACACUAAAUAUAGGGUUAAGAAGGAUCAUAGAUUGAAGAUCUCAAGAACCCAGACUAUUGUGGUGAUGGUGAGUAUGAGGUCAGGGAGGGGGCACAAAGCAAAGUCUUGCCCAGCAAUAGGAAGGAGAUUACAAAAGAGGAAGGAAGUAGCCAAGAAAGACAAGGGUAAGGGUCAGCAACAAAUUCAAAAGGGUCCUAAGCAGAAGCGGAAUAAGAAUCGUAAAGGACAUUUCCGGCUUCGUGAUACAGAUGAAAAUGAUACUGGUAUCCCAGUGUCCAAAACUAAGCGGAAAGAAAAAAAUCAGCUUCUUGAUGGAGAUGAAAAUGAUCCCACGGUCCUGGUGUCCAGAAGUAAGGGGAAAGGAAAGUUUCAACUUUGUGAUGAAGAUGAAAAUUAUCCUAGUAUCUUGGUGUCCAAAAUUAAGCGGAAAGGAAAAAAUCAGUUUCAAGAUGGAGAUGGAAAAGAUCCUGCUAUCUCGGUGUCUAGAACUAAGCGGAAAGGGAAAAAUCAGCUUCUUGAUGGAGAUGAAAAUGAUCUGGUUGUCCUGGUAUCCAAAAGUAAGAGGGAAGGAAAGUUACAGCUUUGUGAUGAAGAUGAAAAUGAUCCUGCUACCCCGGUGUCCAGUACUAAGCAGAAAGAAAUACAGAUUCUUGUUGAGUAUGAUGACGAAGAUUUUCUUGUUAUUCGGGUGUCCAGAACAAGGCAGAAAGGAAAAUUUCAGAUUCUUGAUGAAUAUGAAGGUGAUGAUGUUCUAGUGACCACUACGGUGGAUGGAAAGGCUGAAAACGUUGUUGCAAAAGCAAAAGCUUUGCCAUGUGAAUAUUACUACUCGGGGAAUUCAGACAAGGAUGAAAGGAAAGAUCAUAACGAGGAAUCAUCGAAGAAGGGAACAGAAAAUAAUGGUCAACCUGAGGACGCAGGAAACUCCGUCAUUGCACCAAUGGUAGAGUCACAACCCCAUGAAGUCCCCAACAAAGCAUCGCCCGCCAUGGAAAUGGUGUCAAAGCUGCCCCCUACUCGAAAGAAAAUGGGCCGAUGUAGCAAGGUCAAUGAAGAGAAUCUAGGUCCUACUACCCCCAGUCCGAGGAGAUUUAGCCACAGACUUAGGGGAAGGUUGUUGGGCCCACAAACUCCCCUGGGGUGCCCAGGAAGCUCGACAAAUUUUCCAAUUGAUAUUGGUCAAGAGGAGGAAGAUCUGGCACGAAAUGACCAAUCCUAG